AUGACUCUGGAGAAACGCCUGCUGCGGUGGUGCCAGGAAGGACUGGGCUGCAGGAAAUAUCUGGGCUACAGAAACGGAAAAGGAUUAGGAUGGCGAUCUAGUUAUAACGCGCGUACGGUUGCGGAAUUGGCCAUUGAAGAUGUGAUGAUGCAUGCCUGGAGGAUUAAGUACGACGAUAUCGGACCGACCGGGGCGAGACGACGUAACUCAAUUAAUGCCGCACAGGGAACUGGAGAAGAAGUGUUUUCAGAAACAUGCGACAGUAGAGGAUUUGGUGGUGUUGAUGCGUUCUGCAACACGAAUACGGCAGAGAACAUUGACCCUUUCAGAGAAUCAUCCCCUCGCAAAUGCUGUCAAAAUGCAUCUAUUCCGGAGAACUUUCAUCGUUCUCGAAGCCACUUCUAUGCAUUCACAGUCGGCGUAAGUAGAGUUGAGGUGAUACAUCACGACGUAGGUGAAGGCGUCUCCAGAGAGCGUCACAAGCUCCCCAGAGCUGUUUUCUUCUAG